CCCGGAGUAAAUGCGUUACACACUUCCCAAUGGAUAAGGGUGAGCCUCUGCCCGCGUAUGAGGGCCUGGCCGCUGCGUUUGCAAAAGCAAAGGCGGAGCGUGAGAAGCAAGAGGCCCAGGGCCUGAAGCCUACUUCCGGGGAUGCAGAGGUAGCAAACAAGCAAGGAGAAGUGCAAUUCAAAGCCCUCCAUGGCAUCUUGGUCGCUUUUUUCGGCUUGGUUCUUGCUCUUCAUGCCCUAGGAAUAUACCUCUUCACAAGCGGCUUCCUCCUAACACGGCUCGUGUUGGAGCAGAAAUCGGAAUGCGGAGUGCUCCCGAUAGAGAUUCCCUCCUCACACACCUCGCAAAAGUGGAAUCCGGGUUCUGCAGAGGCAGGAUGCUGGCACCCAAAGACCUUCGAUAAGGCCGUAGUCAUCAUCGUGGAUGCCCUCCGAUACGACUUCACCAUCCCAGUCUCCCCCGACGGUCCCCAGAAACCUCAUUACUUUCACAACGCGCUGCCCAUACUCUACGAAACCGCCGUACAGAAUCCGACGAACGCGUUCCUCCUCCCAUUCAUUGCCGAUCCGCCAACGACCACCCUACAAAGAUUGAAAGGACUGACGACGGGAACACUGCCAACUUUCGUGGAUGCAGGAUCCAACUUCGCCGGGACUGCUAUAGAAGAAGACAACCUGGUAGCGCAACUGAGGAACGCGAGCAAGAGAAUUGUACAUCUUGGGGAUGAUACCUGGCACUCGUUGUUCCCGGGCUACUUCGAACCGAACCUAACACGCGCGUACGAUUCUUUCAAUGUUUGGGACCUCCACACCGUGGAUAAUGGAGUCACCGAACACAUUUUCCCCUUGCUUCAUCCGUCAAACACGAGCAAAUGGGACGUCAUCUUCGGCCAUUACCUGGGCGUGGACCACGCGGGCCACCGUUAUGGACCCCAUCACCCUGCCAUGACUGCAAAAUUGAACCAGAUGAACGAGGUCUUCACUAAAAUGAUUGAGCAGCUCGACGACAGUACCCUACUGGUUGUAAUGGGCGACCAUGGCAUGGAUGCAAAGGGUGAUCACGGAGGGGAGUCGGAUGACGAGGUUCAGGCCGCUUUAUGGAUGUAUUCAAAAAGGGGUGUCUUCGGACGGAGCUCGCCAGAACAGGUGCUGCCGCCAGCUACCGCAAAGGAGAGGCCUGUGUCGCAGAUCGACCUGGUUCCCACAUUGUCUCUACUACUUGGAAUGCCAAUACCCUUUAAUAACCUUGGAGCUCCUAUCAAAGAAGCCUUCAUUGGACCUAGCGGAUCUGACUUGAUGAAUCUUGCAACAGUAAAUCGCCUUGCUGCGGCUCAGAUUCAUCGUUACCAGGAAGACUAUGCAUUAGCACGAGGAAUGGACAACAGCGUGCGGGCUCGCUCGCUGUCCUUGUGGCAGGAGGCAAACGAUGCAUGGCCAUCCAUUGAUCUAAAAAGAGCUGAAAAUGAUGCAGUACACAAGGCGUACAACGCGUUCGCUGCUUAUCAGGCCGAGACUCUUCGCGUCUGUCACGCACUCUGGGCGCGGUUCGACGUUCCGAGAAUGUACAACGGCGUCACAAUCCUCUUCGGCGCCUUGGUGUUAUUGUCCCUCUACGCUCGCGGCCUAGAAGGAGAUUCUUCAGAGUUAACACCAGUUCUGCUGAAGUCAGGUGGCUUGGCAACAGUCGCGGCGGGAGUCAUGGGCCUAGGAGGCAGCUUUGCAGUUCCCUCGUUUCCCCGCGACCAUGUCAUGAUCUACUCCGCAGCUAUGGGUUGCAUAGCUGGGAUAGCGCAUGCACUGUGGUACUUAAGGCGAAGGGUAGUCUCUCCCUUUCCCGCCUCCAUUUGGGGUUGGGCUUCGGUUGUCUUCACGCUCGCGCUAUCAGCAGGAUUCGCUGCUAACUCAUUCACGAUUUGGGAAGACGAGAUCCUGCUGUUUUUCCUGAAUACAUUCGGCUUCCUGAUGGCCAUAUCCUCCUUCCGACAAGGCAAGCCUCUUGAUAGGGCGCUUGGCUGCUACCAUUCCGUCCUCUUCAUCAUACUCACCCGACUGGCGUCGCUCUCCCGACUCUGCCGCGAGGAGCAGAUGCCGUUUUGUGUAUCGACCUACUACGCAUCUGCCAACUCGUCUACUUCGGCGACAUGGCAACUUGCUAUUCCAUAUAUUGUAGCCCUGCUUCUGCCUUCGUUCAUUCGAGCCUACUACACCAACACACGCAACCUCCAGGGUUCAGCAGUCACCUGGAUCGACUUUGCUCUUCGCUUCGGCCUUCUCCUAAGUGCCGCCUACUGGACUCUGGACGCCGCAGAUGACGGAGAGUGGUUUGAAGGGUACAGUGAUGUACUCAAGUCCACCAAGGUCAUUGUUGCGCAAAUCACACUCGCCAUAGCCGUGGCCUUCGGAUACUGCACCUUUGCGUGGGCAAAACCGUUCUUGAACAUAGAGACCCGUUUCAAGGGAGCGGAAGACCGAGGUUUUGAAGGAUCCUCCGCGCAAGUCAUAUCCGAAGGCGGUACUUCAUCCAUCACGGUCCUUGGCUACGCAAAUGUGCACGGCUCGCGGUACGCUUUCGUCAUCACCGUGUGGCUCCUCAUCAUCUCCUUGGUGCAGAAACCCAUGGGCGCCGGCGCCAUUGGAAUCGCCGCCUGGCAAAUCUUCUCCCUGUUCGAAAUCGUCGAUACCAACAAGCUCGCCGACACGCCGGUUGGACCCGUCGUCCUGGGCCUCCUGGGCUCAUUCCACUUCUUCAAGACGGGCCACCAGGCAACGCUAUCCAGCAUCCAGUGGGAGACGGCCUUUAUCCCGCUCCGCACCAUCCGCUACCCGUGGUCCCCGCUCCUCGUCGUGCUCAACGCCUUCGGCGCCCAGAUCCUCUGCGCCGUAGCCGUCCCCGCCGUCGUGCUCUGGAAGCAGCCCCCCAAGAAGAAGGGCCUCGUAGGCGACGUGGCAAAAGCGCUCGCCACGCACAUGCUCUUCUACGCCGUCGUCAACCUCGCGACGACCCUGUGGGCGGGCCACCUCAGGCGGCAUCUCAUGCUGUACCGCAUCUUCAGCCCGCGGUUCAUGACGGGCGCGGUCGCGUUGCUGGUCGUCGAUGUCGUGGUUGUGUUUGUGGCGCUCGUGGGCGCGCGGACGAGUUUUCUGAGUGUGGGGGAGGUGUUUGGGUGGGAGAGUUGGGCGCUCGAGCGGGAGGCGAGGAGGGAGAGGCCGGCGCAUCAUUGAGGCUUGAGGGUGUGGUUGUUUGAUUGGAUGGGGUUUUGACUUUUUUCUCACUUGUUGUUGGUAGCAUGGUUGCAUAUAGAUUUCUGGGAAAUGGUGGAUCUAUGUUGUCAUGCAUACGUCCUUAAUCUUAGCAGCCCUUGAUUGUGUAGGAUAUAGAUUCUUUUGUCAAAGAAAAUG